UCCCUCAGUGACACCAAGCUUAGUAGCAAGAACUGCUAGCUUUCUAGGCUUCUAGCCAUGAGAUGGGGGAUUCGGAAGCAGCACGCAGCGCUGGCUGCGCAAUGCGUGCAGGAAGAUGACAAAGGUGAAAGAGGGAGCAAGGCCCAGGGCAAGGCGUUCUCCUUCUCCCCUCUCUCGUGGCUCGCCAAGGUUACGGGGAAGGAGAAGCCUUGCGCGCUCGCGAAGCACGCGCCCGCGUCGUCUACGUGGAAGAGCAGCGCGGGCACGGCCGGGGCUCCCCCGUUCCCGUCGUGCCUCCCCAAGCGCACCACCCCGAGCCCGGCGAUGGUCACGCACGGCCGGCCCUGCAGCCCGCCGCGCCGCUCCCCACCCGACGUCGCGCCGCGGCGGCUGUCGGUUGGCAACGACAGCACCGACGCCGUGGCCGUGCGCCGGUACCGCCGCAGGCACUGCUCCCUCGGCGGGGACAGCGAGCUCCCGCCGCUGGGCCGGCUGAUCCCCUUCUCCCUCGCCGGAUCCCCCGCGCGAGCCGCUGCCUCCACCUCCGCCGCGGCACCUUCGGACGCGACGGACGCCGCGCGGGCGAGGGGGCGCCGGCGGCGCCGCAGCAGCAGCAGCCGGCGCCUGAGCGUGAGCGGUGGGCGGAGGUCGUCGUCGUUCUCCGGGCGGAUGCCGCCGCCGCGGGUGCGCGUGCGGUCGCCGCGCCGUGCGCCUGGCGGGCUGGCGGAGAGCCUGGCGGUGGUGCGGCGGACGCGGGACCCGCAGCGCGCGUUCCGGGAGUCGAUGGUGGAGAUGAUCGCGAGCACGCGCGGUGGCGCGGGGGAGCUGGAGCGGCUGCUGGCGUGCUACCUGUCCCUGAACGCGGACGAGCACCACGACUGCAUCGUCAAGGUGUUCCGCCAGGUCUGGUUCGAGUACGUCAGCCUGCUGCCCCGCCCUGACGCCGCCGGCGGCGGCCGACGACGCCGCGCCCGGCGCUCCUGAUCAUCCGACACGAAUGAGCUCAGGUUCUGAGUUCCACGCAGGAGCUGAUUCGAAUGCCCACCGGCAACCGGCAUGUCGUGGUUGGUUCGCAGCUGGUUGUACGUAUUCGCCAAGUUGCGCCGACGGCACGUGCGGCGUGCACUGACUGAAACGCGCGUUCUUGUCCGCGCGCGUGCUUGAGCUCUCGGCGCCGGUGGAUUAAAUAAAGCUCGAGAGGAGAGGGAGAUUCGCCGCCAAAUCGUCUGGUUUUACAGCUGUAGAUUCCAAAAAUCUCCAGUUUCUAGAAUUCAAAAAAUUGUCUGAACCGUGCAUUGCCGCCCUCCUUUUGUUGUUUGCUGUUGCGCUCUGUGCUGGCAUGUUGGCACAGUCACGGGGGCAGCGGCGACGUGAACUCAGCCCUGUUUACUUCACCCUC